UCCUUAGAAACUCUGCCUUAGGAGAGAUGGCACCAAUAGAAUAAAAGCUCCCUGUGAGAGGGAUUUUUUUCCCAUCUGUUUGCUGCUGUCUCCUCAGUUUCUAGUACAGCCUGAUACAUAGUAGGUGUUCCACAAAGACUUGCUGAAUGAAUGAGUGGACUAGCUGAGAGAGAAGAGGAUGCACUUUGGAUCCAUACUGCUAACACUGAAUCCAGGCAACUUGGACUCCUCACCAAGUGUUACCACCCUUGUCAUCUGAGAAAGGCAGAGCAGCUGGGAGACCUGCUCCACCCUUCUCCCCAUCCCCCACCCUCCUCUGCAUUCCACCAGUCAUAUAUCAUCAGGCACCAGUCUGGGAGGUAUGCUGUCUGAGAUUUUGCCUCCUCAAGGUGAAUGUGGGCCUCACGGGGCCAUCUUUAUGGUCCUUCCCCACCUGGGGCUCAUCCUGGUCUGGCUGUUCACUCACAAGCAGAUGUCUGGUUGGUGUGAGGGCCCGAGGAGUCUGCCCUGGUGCCCACUCCACAAAGUCUUAUUGCUUAUACGGACAACUAUCUACUCUGUCAUGGGCUAUGCCUCCUACCUGGUGUGGAAGGACCUGGGAAAGGGCUUUGGGCGACCCCUGGCCCUGCCUCUCGGCCUUUAUGCUGCACAGCUCGUCAUCAGCUGGAUCAUCCCGAUUCUCUUUUUCAGGGCCCACAGUCCUGGUCUGGAGUGCCUGCCCCUGGGCCUGCCUCCCCAAAUCCUAAACAAGGCCAGCUGGAAGCCCCAGACGCCUUGCAGGAGAGGUCUCCACCUGCUGCGUGGAGGAAUCACCAUGAGGAGCUCUUAAAAAUAAUGAACAGACUAUUCAGGGAUGAGACCUGGUCAUCAGUGUUCUGAGAACUCCCCAGGACUUCCUCAGGUGCAGCUAAGACUGAAAACUAUGGCUGUGUACUCUCAGAGCCACUUUGGAGCUUUUUUAAAAAAUGCAUACUCCUCGGACCUACACAAGACCUGCAGAUCAGAACUUUUGGGGUGGGUUCCUGGCAUCAAUAUAUUUAACAAGCUCCUCAGCACUUUGGUCAGCUGUUCACUAAAGUUUGAAUGCUCUGGGCACAGAUGGUUUCUGAGGGCCCUUUUUAGCUCUGACAAUCUGUGGUUCCAUGAGCUGAGUUUGAGGGCUGAAAUAAACUGUGUCUUCUCACAUGGGGGCCAAAGGCCUCACAAGGGGAGAAGCCAGCAGGGCAGCAUCAUUUGAGAAGGGGACUGGCUCUUUCCAGAGCUCACCCAGUGAGAGGUAACCUGCAGCCUCCCCUCCUCCGCUAAGGACAUGCUCCACCCAGCAGGUCAGAUCACCUAUGCCCCAGGAGUUCAGACACAAUGUCCCACCCACCUUUGUAUCUCCAGCUCCAGGGCAGGGCAGGGCACUGAGUGGGUGCCCAUACAUUUUUGUUGAUUGAUUGAACGCCUUGUCACACUUUAGAAAAAGAAUGCUGAUCAGCACGCUGCCACCACCCACCACUACUCUGGGCCAAUUGAAAAAGAGGGGAAGGGCUUUAAUAGUUUUGGAAACUUCUCCUGGUUCUAAUGUGCAGCCAGAUUGAGAACUGCUGCUGUAGGGCAUUGCUUCUCAAAGUGUGGCCCAGUGACCUGCUGGGGCACUUGCUGAAGUUACCAGCCCCACUCCAGAACUAUGGUAUCAGAUCAUCUUGGGGAGUGAGGGCAAUAGAGUGCAGGGGUUGCAGUUCUGGACGUGGAGUCAGACCAGCCUGGGGUUGGAUAUUGACUCCUGCCAUUUAUUAACUAGUAACUUGCUGCAACUUACUUCUGUCUAUGUUUAAUUUUCCUCAUCUGUAAAAUGGGGACCUCAUGGAUUUACUGGGAUGAGUAAAUGAGAUAAUGGGUAAAAA